UCGCGCAGGCCGCGAGCCAGGCCGAGCCGCUGCUCCUGCCUUCCAGCGUGCUUUUUGCAUCAUUUGACAUUUUGGGUUCAGUUAAACUUGGAACCUCUACGAAGAAGGACCUGUUUGGUUUUGUUGUUAGUUUUUUGUUUGUUGUUUCCAACAUGGCAGCCUCCAGCCGCGCACAAGUUUUAGAUCUGUACCGGGCGAUGAUGAGAGAGAGCAAGCAUUUCAGCGCCUACAAUUACAGAAUGUAUGCUGUCAGGAGAAUAAGAGAUGCCUUCCGAGAAAAUAAGAAUGUAAAAGACCCCGUAGAAAUUCAAGCCCUGGUGAAUAAAGCCAAAAGAGACCUUGAAAUAAUCCGCAGACAGGUCCAUAUUGGCCAACUGUACUCAACUGACAAGCUUAUCAUUGAGAACCAAGAGAAGCCCAGGACAUAGGAACCCAGCACUAGGAAGCAGUCUCCGCAGCAGAAUUGACCACCUUCAGCAUCCAUUCUAUAUGGUGGAACCUCCCACUACUGAAUGAAAUAGCCUUUUGCUCUGCCUGCCUUGUAGGAGCUGAUAAACUGAGUCACAUUUGCAUUCUGUCACAGCUGUUAUGUGAAGAAAUGGAUGUGCAUCCUCAGUUCAGGUGUUAGAAUGAAGAGCUGGAGGUCACUCAGAGUAAUGCUGUGUUACCGUGUCUCCUUGCCAUCCCACCCCAUCUUACAGAUCACCCACAUUUGUAUAGAGCUUUUGCAGACUUGGUGUCUUGGUCCUUAACAGUAAACAUAAUUAUUUCUCUAUCCUUUUGUACCAAAUAAACCCAUUACAAUGAA